AUGACAUUCAUCGUCGCAUACCGCCGACCGAAGGCAAAACUAGAGCGCAUGCGAAGCGACAGCUCGCCCCAGACACCAGAAUCGCUUUCCGAGGCCAAGAAAUUAAUUCUCUUAACUUAUGACGAUUUACCAGACUGGUACAGGGACAAUCGAUUUACACGAUCAGGCUAUCGACCCGCUUCGAGUUCAUGGUUGACGUGCGCCGGGUCUUUGGGUCAUCUUCACAAUGAGACCGUCAAUAUCUACACGCAUCUGGUCCCUGCUAUCUGCCUGCUAUUUGGACAGGUUAUUGUAUACAAUGCAAUCUCCUAUACUUAUCCUGAAUCUUCCAUACUUGAUCGUGUGGUCUUCGGGUGUAACUUAGGGGCAGCCACCAUCACGAUGAUCUUGAGCACGGUUUACCACACGCUCAUGAACCAUUCAUCGCUCUCCAAUCUGAUGCUGAGAGUUGAUUACGUCGGUAUUUUGACUCUUAUCUUGGGGAGUUUCUUUUCGGGAAUCUACGUUGGUUUUUAUUGCGAACCAUCACUCCGACUCGUCUACUGGACGAUGAUUAUCGCUCUCUCGAUCAUCACUUCAACACUGGUACUACACCCACGAGCUCAGGGUUUGAAAUACCGCACUAUCCGGACAUGGGCGUUCAUUGCAACGGCAUUGAGUGGGUUUGCACCCAUCACGCACGGUAUCUUUCUUUAUGGAUGGAAGCAAAUGUGGGUUCGCUCCGGCAUGCCUUACUACUUCCUCGAAGGUAUCACCUACGGUUUGGGUGCCUUUUUCUUCGUUACCCGUAUCCCCGAGUCCAUAUGGCCUGGGAAGUUCGAUAUAUGGUUUGCAUCGCACCAGAUUUUCCAUGUCUUCGUUGUUCUCGCCAGCCUGGUUCAUCUCUAUGGCGUCUGGGUAGCCUUUGGUUGGAAUUAUGAGCAUCAAAGGACCUGUUCAGUGAAGAUACAGGACUGA